GAAGGGGGGGGGGUCACUACCCAAAUCUUGAUUCAAGGGGCGUGGUGAAGUCAACGCGGGAACUGGCGUAUUCCGUUUCUACCGGUUUUUAGUGGGAACGGUGUCUAUGUCUGAAGAAGUGCCUUUAAAAACAUAAACAUACGUAAUGUUCCCUAAUAUCUUGAUAUUAUCUUGAAGAUAUUUUUUGGGCUGAGGAGGAGGAGGAGGAGCAGCGGCGGUGCUUCGAUUGCUCGGCGGGCGGAAGGAUCCCGGUAAGGAAAGGGGGGGGGAGCGCGCGAACCACUGUCGGGGACAUGGAGUCAUUUCAAAAAGUGGAGAAGAUCGGUGAGGGUACCUACGGGGUGGUGUACAAAGCGAAGAACAAGGUCACCGGAGAGACCGUCGCUCUCAAGAAAAUCCGGCUGGACACAGAAACGGAAGGAGUUCCCAGUACAGCCAUCCGAGAAAUCUCCCUCCUGAAGGAGCUCAGCCAUCCUAAUAUUGUCAAGCUCCGGGAUGUUAUCCACACAGAAAACAAACUUUAUCUGGUAUUCGAGUUUCUUCAUCAAGAUCUGAAGAAAUUCAUGGACUCUACCUCAGUUACUGGCAUUUCCCUCCCAUUAGUAAAGAGCUACCUCUUCCAGUUGCUGCAGGGACUUGCUUUUUGCCACUCUCAUCGUGUGUUGCACCGUGACCUUAAGCCUCAAAAUCUCCUAAUCAAUGCCCAAGGAGAGAUAAAGCUUGCUGACUUUGGUCUGGCUAGGGCAUUCGGGGUUCCUGUUCGCACCUACACCCAUGAGGUGGUGACUUUGUGGUACCGAGCACCAGAGAUUCUCCUUGGCUGCAAAUACUACUCCACGGCAGUCGAUAUCUGGAGUCUCGGGUGUAUUUUUGCUGAAAUGGUCACAAGGAGAGCAUUGUUUCCAGGCGAUUCAGAGAUUGAUCAACUCUUUCGGAUCUUCCGCACUCUUGGAACCCCUGAUGAGGAGACCUGGCCAGGUGUAACAUCCAUGCCAGAUUACAAGGCCUCCUUCCCAAAAUGGGCACGACAAGAGCUAUCCAAAGUGGUUCCUCCACUCGAUGAGGACGGAAGGGAUCUGCUGGCGCAAAUGCUUAACUAUGACCCAAGUAAGAGGAUCUCUGCCAAAAAUGCCUUAGUCCACCGGUUUUUCCGUGACGUGACCAUGCCGAUUCCACACCUGCGGCUCUGAGAGACCAGCAGAGAUUGGACACUCGUUGGUGGAGGAGUCUGUGCUACAUUAUCUGGACGCCCUCUGCUGUUUUUUAUAACUGCUCAGAAGUGGACAGUUAGCCUUUUCAGAAUUCAAUGGACUACAUUGGUGCCCUUUUACAGCGACUCAAUUUCUGCAAAUUUCUAGCUGUCAUUUUGAAUCUCUGGUUUUAAGUCUCAGUCAAGCAAUAAUUUUACCUUUUGAGACUGAGUGGAGAGAACUCGCAUAGACUAUCUAACAUUCCACAACUCUGGUUCUAAAUGCUCUUUGGAAGAACUCCUUGGGAUUAGAAAAUCACAGCCUUUUGUUGUACCGUUAAUAAACUUGUAUUUGGUAAAAGGGGGACAAAAAGGUUCAUUUUAGCAAUCUUCCAUAUUUGUCAGUUUAUCUAGAAAAUUGCUGAUCAGUGUUUUUUUGCCCUUUUAGUACUUGGCUUUAUGAUGUAGAUGUCAGUAAAUGUUAUAACUUUGUGGGGUAGGCACAGAAAUACACAGUUCUUGUUUUAGUAAGUUUUGAAAACCAUCUAGCUAAUGUAUAAUCCUUUCAUACAAAAUCAACACAUUGUACAUUUCUCACUCAUGAAAUAUGUUCACCUGUACAGUUUUUUUUUGUACGUAUUAUACGUUUAUAUUCUAAAGGUGGAAUAAAAUCAGUUUGUUCUCUUUGUAA